AUGUAUAAUGGGAUCGGCCUGACGACUCCUCGUGGCAGUGGGACCAAUGGCUAUGUCCAGAGGAACCUGUCGAGCCUCCGGGCGAAGCGGCCGCGAGAGGAGCGCGUCCUGGAUGAUAAGGACCGCGAGCGGCUGGAGAGUCAGCUGAACCGACAGCCCAACGCCGACAUCCUGGAGCACCAACGCAAAAGGCAGCUGGAGGUCAAGUGUGCCGAGUUGCAGGACAUGAUGGAGGAGCAGGGGUAUUCUGCAGAGGAGAUCGAGGAGAAGGUGAACAGUUUCCGGAUGAUGCUGCAGGAGAAAGAAGAACCUGUGGCAAAACCCAACGAGAAAGCAGCACUGACGGAGACACACGCUCUGGCAGCGGCGAACCAGCAGAAGAACGACCGUCUGCGCGCUGCGUUCGGGAUCUCCAGCGACUACGUGGACGGAUCCUCGUUUCACGCUGACCGCAAAGAGAAGGAGAAAGAGAAGAGGGAACAGGAGCGACUGGAGCGGGAGAAACAGCAGCAGAAAUACACUUUGGUGGAAGAUUCAGACGACUCAGAUUCUCCUCCAAAGAAACGGAGCCGGAAGAAGAAGAAGAAAAACAAGAAGCGAGAUAGUUCAGCAGAGGAGUCAUCUCCGUCCCCAAGCCGCGACAAGAAAUCCAAGAAGAAGAAGAAGAAACGAGAGUCUUCAGAAGAGGGAGAACGCAGUUCAUCAAACGAAAAGCAGAAUGUGUCAAAGAAGGAUCAAAAGAAGAGCAAGACUUCUCCUAAAGCCAAACGUCACAUCAGCGUCUCCUCGGGCUCAGAGCACAGUGAGUCUCUGCCCCCGAAAUCCCGCCCACAGGGAGUGAAGAGGAAGGAGGUGGAGCGAAGGGGCCGGUCUCCAGAGCGACGGCGAGGCAAAGACGACGACAGCCCCAAGCGACAGCCGCACGAAAACAAGUCAAACGCUGAGCGGGAGAAUCCCCCAUCAAAGCACCGCCACGACUCCUCCUCUCCGUCUCCUGCGCCACAGAAAGAGCCCAGUAAAAGACCUGGAAGCAAACCGCGACAGAACGAGAAAAACAAACGAGAUUCUUUGUCCCCGGAAAAGACACGUGAGAUCGAAAGACAACUCAGAAAUGCACGGAACAGACGAUCCGGCAGCCGAGAUCCGGGCAGAGAUAAACCCAAAGAGCCGAGGGAGAGGAGCAGGGAGGAGCAGAGGAAGCACAGAUCCAGGAGCAGAGAGGGGCAGAGGAGGAAUAGAUCCAGGAGCAGAGAGGAGCAGAGGAAGCACAGAUCCAGGAGCAGAGAAAAGGACAGGACCAAGAACACGUCACAUAGAGACGCCGGGAAAGAGAAGGAAAAAGAGAAACCGCGAUAUAGACAUCAUUCUUCUUCUGCUUCACCUCCUCCACAAACCAGACGCCUGGAAGCAGUGACUGUGCAGAGGUCCAGGAGCAGAGACGAGCAGAAGCCACCGCCACAAAGACCUCGACACGAUUCCUCCUCCUCCUCCUCUUCAUCGUCCUCCUCGUCAUCAUCAUUAAGUUCCCCUGCUCCUACUCAAACCAGACCGGACCUGCCCAAGAGCAAAUGGAGCGAGGAGAAGGCUCGACAUGCAGACACGAUGAGGUCGCGAAGCAAGGACAAAGAUGGCGAACGAUCAGAGAAGGUUAGAAGUGAUGCUGACGGGAGAGACAGCGGUAAACGCCCUGUUCCUCAAAGGAGCAGACGCGAUUCGCCGCCGUCACAAUUUGUUCCCAUGCGUCCAGAGGUGAGGAAAAGCAGAGAGGAAGAGCGCAAAGCCAGGCAUGACUCGUCAUCCUCACCAUCGCCUCCACCGCUGACCAAGCAAGACUUAAAGAGGAGAGAGGAGGAGCGCCAGGAGCUGGAGAGGGCCCAGAGCAAGGAGAGGAGAGCCAAAGAAGCCAGGAGCGAGAAGGUCAGCCACAAGACCAGACGUGGUUCUUCUGGAUCGCCCUCUCCACCGCCGCCUGCACGCAUGACGCAUGGAUUAGCGAGAAACCAAGAGAAUAAGGACAACAGGAAGCGGGAGUCGUCUGUGUCUCCAGAGAGAGAGGCCACAAGGCCAACUGGAAGGAGAGAGGUGACAUCUCAACAGCACAGACGGGAAGAGAAGGAAGAGCCUAGAUCUCGAGAGGCGCAGGAGAUGUCACCGGACAGACAGCGGAAAGAUUCAAGAGACGAGAGGAGCCGCCGGACGGACGCAGAGCCCCAGAGGACUGACCGAGCGGUGGAAGACCGGCGUAGGUCCGACAGAGCAGAAGAAAAGCAACGAAAUGACAGAGCUCUCGAAGAAAAGCAAAGAAGCGACAGAGCUCCAGAAGAAAAGCAACGAAACGAACGCCCAGUGGAAGACCGACGGAGAAGUGAGCGAGGGGUAGAAGAAAAACAAAGAAGUGAACGCACAGUGGAGGAAAAGCAGAAGGGCGAUCGCAAAUUAGAAGACAGACAUAGAAGUGACCGUGAGUUGGAAGAAAAACAAAAGAGCGAGCGUGCUUUAGUGGACAGACCUAGAAAAGAUCACGGAGUAGAAGAAAAGAGGAGGAGUGAAGUGGAACGACGGAGCAGCCAGGCUUCAGGGGAGGUGGAGCGGAGACCAGAGAAAGCUCCCAGUCCCAAGAAGAAACCUGGGGAUAAGAAGCGAGACAGCAGCAGUAGCAGCAGUGGUAGUAGUAGUAGUAGUGACUCCUCUUCUUCUUCCUCCUCGUCCUCCUCAUCCUCAUCAUCAUCGAGCUCCUCAUCUGAAGAUGAAGGUAAAACGUCUUCAGAUAAAGACAGAGAAGCUGCGAUUGGAGCUGCGGUCCAGAGACAUUUUGCAAACGGCCGUAGAGAAAGUCCCGAGGCAUCGAGACCUCCGGCGAGCGAACAGAGCAGGGGACAGGAGCGGUACAGCCCCUCACAGGUGGACAGUCCCAGUCCCCCCCCUCAAAGACACUCUCCAAAACCCACUGAGGGCCGAGCCAAGGCCAGAGACAGAGAGCCAGACAGGAAAAUCUCCAGGUCGAGUCCCCAGACGAGACGCUCUCCUCCACAGAAAUUAUCCUCUCCCCCGCCACGCCGCACUCCUCCACGUCAGUACCAGGACCCUCCCCCACGACAGUACCAGGACCCUCCCCCACGACAGUACCAGGACCCUCCCCCACGACAGUACCAGGACCCUCCCCCACGACAGUACCAGGACCCUCCCCCACGACGGUACCAGGACCCUCCCCCACGACAGUACCAGGACCCUGCAUCAUCCAGAGCACGGAGAGCAAGUCCUCCCAAAGGCUGGUCUGAGCGUGACCGAGAGCGCGACAGAGACAGACGAGACAGAGACUCUGAGAGGUCACGGGACAGAGACCGAGGGAGGGACCGGCAAAGGGACCGGGACUCUGACAGACAUCGAGACCAAGACCGAGACCGAGAUGGACAUAGGGAGAGGGACUCUGACAGACAUCAAGACCAGGAGAGGGAGCGGGACAGAGAUAGGCAGAGGGACAGAGACGGACAGCGGGACAGGCAGAGGGACAGCGAUGGACGUCGUCCCAUUCGAAGGAGCCGGUCUCGGUCACGAAGCCCCAGGAGAACUCCACCUCUGAACAGGUCAAAAGUGUCCCCGCCUUCUCGGCAGCGGAGGAGUCGCUCUGCUCCUCGAGAGUCAGACAAACCACGAGCUCCGACAAAAGAAGAAGCCCGGCGGUCCUCCUCCUCUUCAUCCUCUUCAAGCUCCUCCUCCUCGCCGUCACCACAGCGACAGAAAACGGUGGUUAAGUCUCCUCCAAACCCAGACAGACGCACAGACGACCAGAAGGCUCAGUCCAGGAACGUCCCGCCCCCUGACAGACGCAGCCGCCAAUCACCAGCCCCUGUUCAAUCAGAGAGCAGAGGAAGGGGCCAAGUGAACGGGAAACAAAGCAAAACAGAGAAGGACAGUUCCUCCUCCUCCUCUUCAUCAUCCUCUUCAUCAUCGUCAUCAUCGGACAGUUCAGAUUCAGAGGCAGAGAAGAAGAAAGGGAAAAAGGCCCAGACCACCACACACAGCUCUGGCUCCUCCUCAGAAGACAAAGAGAAAAAGAGCAGGGUUCCAGCUGACUCCCUCAGAGACUCUCGCUCGCUGAGUUACUCUCCGCCCAGAUACAUGCGAGGCAGCCGCAGUGGCAGCAGACCGUCGCCUGGUAACCGACACAGGAAGUGA